CUUCAAAGUAGUUUUAUGUUUUGGUUUUAUUGAAGUGUGUUUUUCGUGAUUUUCUCUGGUUUUUCCUGAAAGAAAAUGUCCGAGUAUGAUGGUGUUCGUGGUGGAAAAUUGAUUUUAAAGGGCGAAAGUUCAAAAACCAAGAAACGGAAGCACAAGAAAGACAAGAAGGAAAAGCAGGAAAAGCGCCGGAAGCCCAAGAUUGAUGAAGAUGCCCUGAAGCACGGUGGUUGGUGGCGAUGUCGGAAAGUCGAAGACAUCACAGGUUCAGUUGCGAUUCAGUUUGGAGAGAGAACUUACGUGAAAGCCCUGGACAAUGGGCUUUUCACUCUGGGAGCGCCCCACAAUGAGGGUGAUCCUCCAGCUCCAGAGGAGAUCUUGACGGCCUUUGCCAUCAAUGACACUAAGGUGUCCUUUAAAUCAGGCUAUGGGAAGUAUCUCAAAGUGGACAAGGAUGGCGUGGUAACUGGACGCUCAGAUGCUGUGGGGGCCAUGGAGCAGUGGGAACCUGUCUUUGAGGAUGGUAAAAUGGCCCUCCUGGGUGCCAACAACUGCUUCAUGGCCAUAGAUCCCGAAGAUGAUGCAGUUGUGGCGCUUAGAAGAAAAGUUGGAGAUGCAGAGAUUGCAGUCGUGAGGAGUUGUGCUGUCCGGGAGGAUGAGGACGUGGAGGUGAAACCCACUGAGGAAAUGGGAGAUCUGUCUCAAGUCGAAAUCAACUAUGUGAAGAAAUUCCAAAAGUUCCAAGACAAAAAGCUCAAAAUCAACUCAGAGGAUCGCACGGAGUUGGAGAGGGCCAAGAACGAAGGAUACCUCCAUGAAGCUCUUCUGGACAGGAGAUCUAAAAUGAAAGCUGAUCGAUACUGCAAGUGAAGAGGUACAAAUAGACAAAAUAAAUUCCUUGCUACUCGUGAAUCUGUAAUUUUUUUUAUUGCGAAACAGGCAUAGCAUUGAGUUUAAUGAAAGUU